UUUAAUAUCUGUUUAGGCGAUAACACUAUCGCAAUGUGCGGCCGAUCGGAUCUUGAAAAUCUGGUCCAUCAGCGGGACCCGGGGAAGAAAUAUGUUCGUUUCGCAUUAAAACGAACGGACGACCACUCUGGGCUUAUAAAAGGUAAUCUGCGAGUCAAUGGCCAGUCACACCGCGCCUCUCUCUUUCUGUGUAUCGUUGUUUCACAUCCAUCGCAUCGGGUCGGCAUGCUGGUUUUCCGGAUUUCAACCCUCUUCAUAUUACCUCUUCUCGUGUAUCAAACCGAUGGAAAACCAGCGUCCAGUGCCAAAGCGCGUCAGUAUAUCCCCCCUUUGCCCGGAUUAGUGCCAGUUUAUAUCAGGCCGGGCGAUACACCCUUGCAGGAUAUUAAUUUAGAUUUAGCGAAGGCGUUCGCUUUCAACGUACAAAAACACGGCAGACUAGCGUUCGGAAGGCAAAUAAACGAAAUACUAAGUACGAAAUCUAAAAAUGACGAAGACGAACUUUCAAAAGUCGACGAAGACGACGAGUUUUUCGAAAAAAAUCAGAGCGAAAACGAUAUCGAACCGGAUUACCAUCAUAUACAGAAAAUACCUAAACACUAAUGGCUGUAAUUUUGUUUUUGUAUUUAUUUGUUGUAAAUAAAAUUUCGUAGUUCCGCACAACGUCUUAUUAUGACGAAUUUUGAGCUUUUUAAUU